AUGCAGAAAUUCUUGAUGAACAAAAAUAGUGAAAAUAAUGGAGAAAAAUGUAUUAUAGAUAGUAAGAUUGAUGAAAAUUGUGGGUUUUUUGAAUCUAUAUUUAAAAAUAUAACAAAAAAUGAAUAUUUUAGUGCAGGAGUUGGUAUAAUUUCAGUGGGUGCAUUUGUUACAGUAGCAAAUAGAUUAAAUAGUCUUUUUUAUCAAACCUUAAAAAAAAAUAUGUUUACCUCUUUAGAAAUUACAAUUAAUGAUACUUCGUAUUAUUGGAUACUUGAAUAUAUUGUAAAAAAAGGAAUAAUAAGUAGACAUUUAAGCUUAAAAACACAAAUGGUUAAUGAGAAAAAUAAGAAAAAUGUAUUUUUUUCCUUUUUACCAAGUAUAGGAAAUCAUUUAUUAAUUUAUGAAAAUAAAUUAAUAUUUGUAGAAAGAUAUAGAGAAAAAAACAUGGUAUCUGAUAUGAAUAGAUCUAUUCCAUUUGAAAAUAUAAAAUUAAGUACUUUUAUAUGGUCUAAACAUAUUUUUGAAAAAAUUUUAAGAGAUGCAAAAUUAUAUAUAGAUAAAAAAGAAGAAGGAAAAACCCUAGUUUAUAAAACUUUUGGCCAUGAAUGGAGACCAUUCGGAACACCAAAAAAUAAACGCCCAAUUAAUUCUGUUAUAUUACCAAAAGAUUUAAGUGAAUAUAUUAUAAAUGAUAUUGAAAAAUUUCUUAAUUCAUCCAAUUGGUAUAUUGAUAAAGGCAUACCUUAUAGAAGAUGUUACUUGUUAUAUGGACCACCUGGAUGUGGAAAAAGUAGUUUAAUAACCGCUCUAGCAGGAUACUUUGAUUUUAAUUUAUGCACAAUUAAUAUAAAUGAUAUAUAUUUAACUGAUGAUAGAUUUAUUCAUUUACUAGCUACAGUACCACCAAAAACAAUUUUAAUUCUAGAAGAUAUUGAUUUUAUUUUUGUUAAUAGUAUAAAUAAAGAUGAAAAUAAAAAUGUAUCAUCCUCUUUAUCAUCUACAUCUAUUUUUAAUAAUCCAGUUAAAACGUUAGGUGUAUCUUAUAGUGGAUUAUUAAAUGCAUUAGAUGGAAUAGUUGCAACUGAGGAAAGAAUUAUUUUUAUGACGACAAAUAAUAUUGAAAGAUUACCUAACACUUUAAUUAGACCAGGUAGAGUAGAUAUGAAAAUUCUCAUUCCAUAUGCUAAUAAUUAUCAAUAUGAAAAAAUGUUUUUACGAUUUUUCCCUGAACAUCAUGAUUUAGCUAAAAAAUUUUCAAAAAUUUUUCAAAAUUUUCAUUUAAGUAUGGCAGAAAUUCAAUCCUUUUUUUUAUUUUCGAAAGUUGAUCCAUAUAAAACUAUUAAAAAUGCAGAAGAUUGGGUAAACUCAUAUAAAGAAAAAAAAACAAAUGAUAAAAUAAAUACAUAA